AAGUAGUUUAGUUUUGCAGAGAUUUUCGACCUUUCCGGAUGCUGAACGGGACUUGCGGGCGUGAUACAGAUUCACUGAAAACCCUGGAAUAACAUUGAAUGCUGUGUCCAACUUUAGUGGUGUGUUUUUUUGCUGCUGUGUGAGUGUGACUUUCAGCCGUCCGGAGCUGGGAGCAGCACGGGAAGGCAAUUACCUUCCGACAGUGGCGAAAUUGUUUGGUGAUACUUAAUUGAGGAAAACGAGUGCCAAAUCUUACAUUUGUUGGGACCUUCUUGUGUCCUGUGCAUUGACAGAGUGAACUUGACAAACAAGCAAGCAGUUCGGAAGUUGCAAUCGCAACUUCCGAAGGAUAAUAGCUACGUGAGGUUCAAAAGUUGGGUGGAGUGAGUUUCGGAAAAUAUUUUGCCUGCUUCUUUGGCAUCGAUUUGCGGUUUGACAGUGAGUGAGAAAAAUUAAACCAUUAGGUGCUGAGUCGUGUGAGAACGAACGGAAGAGAAAAACUGACAAGGAAGGAAAACAAAGUUUUGUGUAACGCCAUCCAGCAUCCAAGCUUCACUUCUCUAGCGGUGGGAAUACUAUCGAAGGCAAUGGAUAGUAUUCGUCCCAGCGCCUAGAGUGUAUAUUUUGCGUACUCCAGUGAGACGGGAGUUUCGGAAGAACAAAGUUUUCUUGUAAGGGUCACCCCUGCAAGCGAAAAGUGUGCCGCUGUGUAGUGAAUCUCGGUUCGAGACGAGUAAACACCUUUAUCGAAAAUAUUUGUGCGCUUAACUGGUGUGUACACUGUACUGGAUUUUCAGGAGUCGGUUCUGCGUUUCAGACUUUCUCCCACGUUAAAGUUCGUCGGUGUGAAGUAAAAGUUCACAAACAAAUUAUCUUUCCUGUUUGGGAAUUCUGUGUGCACGCGAAGCCGAGCAAAAAAUACCCACUCCAUUGGAUAUAGGCAUAGCAGAAGGAUCGAAACGGGAGAGCAGUGAGCGUGAAAACAUCAUUAUCCUAGCUGCGAACUGGCAGCCAGUAAGUGUUGAUUUCGUUUGAAUCCGAGGCAAACCUCAACGUGGAAGCAGGAUUCAACAUUGGUAACAUAACUGCUAGCGGUAGCCAAGCAACGGAAGGUGCGAAUCAGUACUAGAGCAAACAUAUUGCGCGUUCCGUGAAAACCCCUGGAUAGUGGUGAAAAGUGCCGAUACAACUGAAUGGCGCAAUAAAUUCUGUGGUGAUAAACAACUUGUGGUGAAAAAUAACACUGAGAUAGUGAAUGCGCGGCAUAGAGCAGAGACAGAAUUCAGGGUAGAUUGGCAAAAGUAGAACAAGUGAGUGUGAAAAAUUUCCGCUAUAAUCUCGAUAAUCUUGAUGAUUUACAACUGUCAGAAGUGAGUUUAAAACAGGAAAAGAACGGUUCGAACCGAGGCGUAUUGUCUACCAGAUUCACUUCAGAGGGGCCUCUUGCUGAGACCGGAAUAAUCAAGUGUUGACCCGGAUGAGGAGCCGCUCCGAUGUGGAAUAUUACGCAAAGCAGUUGAAAGAAAAUUAGAAGUAUCGUGUCGUACUGUGUGUGUGAGUGUCUGGGCAUAGCAUUCCAGAGGAAAAAUUGGCAAUUAAAACAUUUGCCUAAAAUUGAGUUUACUUUUUACUAUCCCGAAGAGGAUACACCAAACCGAAACCGUAACCGAGUUCUGUUGAUGGAAGUUGGUGCUUGAAGAAUCAUCAAAGUGUUUCGUCUGUGUUGGAGAAUUUGAAGUAACCGAAAAAAAAAUGGAUCUUUUGUUUGCGAAGAGUUGGGUUUGGUUGCUGUUUGCCAUGAUGGCUUCCGAAAAGCUAGGUAGUGUUUAUUCGGAGACAUCGUCGACGGAGGAUGGUGGGCUGUUGAUAGUUGCAACCGUUGGUAGCAGCGUCGUCAGUGCGAUCAGUGAGACCGAAAGUGCAACGAUGAUACCGAUGAGCACCGGAAGCGGUCUUACGAGCACUGCUUCACCGGAGAUGUUUGAAAAUCCGUCUUCAACGGUGUCCGCUAGUGAACCGGCGAGUGCAAUUGAAAUUAAUAAUCCCACCGAAACAAUGGAAAGCUUGACGACGGGAAUUGCAGUGUCGGAAAGUAGCAGCAGCAGCAGCAGCAGCAUCAGCAGCAGUAGCAGUGCAGUCAAUUUUGUAGAUGAAACUGAGAUUGAGAAGAAAGCUGAUAUUGAACUGGAGAGUGAGACUCCUGUUAUUAGUUUCGGUAUUCGGUCGUUCACAGUUGAAGUAGGUACUGGAACGGAACGGUCCAGUGACGAACCGGUGCUGGUGAAUGCAACUCAACCGGAAAAUGCCACUCAGCAGAGCGGCGAAGGCACAACUACUCAAGUGAUUUUCUCAAGUGAAUCUUCCAGCGGCGUUCGGUCGACAGCAGCGGCGACGACAGUUUCGACGGAUUCGGACGAGGAGGAAAGCACAAUCGCAACUGCCGAAGUCAGCCAGGUGGAAACAACAUCUGUCAAGAGGCUUCUGAAGGAAUCGACUAGCGACACCAGUCAAACAACGGUCACCAUUAACACCAAAGUCCCCGGUGAAAAGCUUAUUAAUAUGGAUGAUGAUUCUAGCGAAGAGCAGCAUUUGUCCAAUGAAAUACGGGUUGAGAAGAAGAACGGGCUCUACCGGAUCAAGAUAGCUGAAAUCACAACGGACGAGUUUGAUAAUGGAUUGCAUGAGUCGGAUAAUGAGAACAUGCUGAUGUCGACGGGCGUCGUGGCGCCCAAAUCGAUUUAUCCGAGCAAGAUAAAUAUUGACGAUUUUUAUCCUUCCAAGCUGGAAGAUUUCAAACCACCGGUGGGGGUAAAUGGCAUACAGCAUGCAGAGGACACCCAGGAAAAAUUGUUGCGAGAAAAAGCAAUUCUGCGAAAUAACGAAGAUAACGAGAAACUUUUCGAAUCGACAAUCAUGAAGCCAUCGGAAGUUUUACCGAUAAUUGACGGGAAAACGGACAGUUCUGAUGAGGAUCGCGGAGAGACUGGAAAAAAAGGACAGGACUCUGGUGACAUCUCUACCACCAAGAUCGAGAUUGAACUAAUUGAUGAUACCUCGGAAACAUCAGCCAAUGAUGAGGGAAAACCUUCCAUCGAUAACAUUACUGAGAAGUUGGAAGAGAAUGAUGAAGUAAUUAGUCGGAUUGAGGAGAAUUUUAAAGGGUACAGAACUUUCGAUGUUCCAGAAGAGGCCGAACAGGAGGAGGAGCCAAAACAGGACGAUGAAGUUAUUACGAUAGCUAUUUCGUCGGUGACAUUUUCAUCAUCACAACAAUUAUCCACCCAGGCUCCACCCACAUCAGCGCCAAUAUCCGGCACUACAACUCAAUUUUCACCUACCACCGAAGAAGAAAUGCCAAUUGCUGUCAGUGGCAGUGACAUAGUGAAGGAUAAUUACGGCAAUCUAUUCAUUCCCAGGCGUGUGAAAAAAAAUGACCCAACCUCUUUGAAACUGAACGUAUUCAAUUCGACCCCGCUCAAGAAGAUUGAUUUCGCCAACACAAAGUUCAAUACCGACAACAGUGGCACCGCACAUGAUCCUAACGAUGUCGGCAAAAAAGAUAAACCCGAGUUUUCAACCACCAAAUUUUACAACAGCAAGGAACUGUACAGCGAACUUCAUCAUCAGGUUAUGAAUGACAGCGACCAUCGUCACGGCAGCCGAAACUCUCUGAUGCCGAAAAAAGUCACCGCAAUCGUUUCGGAAAAGGACAUUCUAACGGCCAAAACUCUAUCCAAACCGGUGCAAUCGACGGUGCCGGUCAGAAAGUUACCAACCCGACUCCCGGCCCGGGUUGAGUCAAUCAUCAAAAAUCAACUUCUGAAGACAAACUUCAUUCCACGCGAGGACUCUCCGUCCACCGUGGAACCUUCAUCAACCCGAGUAGGUCCUGCGGCAACCGGUGAAAGUACCUCUGUCAAUCGACCGAACAAUAGCAGCAACAAAUCCGGUCCGACUCCGGCAGAACACCCGCAGGAUCAACAGAAAAAGAUAAAGACACUGGGAGCGGCCGCUUCCGCCAUCAUUGCCGCAACCUCAAAGUUAACCAAAAACAAUAAGGCAGCUUCGGCACUAUCAGCAGCAUUGAAUCAGCGUAUUACACCUGACUCACAGCAGCAGCAGCAGCAGCAGCAGCAGCAUCAUCAUCAUCAGCAAGCCAAACCGCAACCGGCUUCCCCACAUCCUAGUGAAAAUUUAAUUACAAGGCCGGUCAUCACACCGUUGUCCCGUUUGCAGGAGAAAAUCAACACACUGGACUGUGAUAUCCAGCCGCUGUCACCGGACUCGAGCAUCUGGCGAGGCAACGAAACCCACGAACUGGAACUGCCCAUCACGACCCCAGAGGACUGCUCGGCUGGUUCAAGCUGCACACCAACAACGAUUUCCUGGGAAGGAACCGCUGACAUCCAAUCCGGCGACGUGCUGAUCGUGGAGAUUGACGAUAAGCACCUAAUUCCGUCCAAUUACAACAAAUCAGUCGAGAGUGCCCAUCACGCAACGACGGCCGUCUACCAGGUAACUCGCCUUGGUCACGAACACUGUGACAUCACCGAAGGAGUUCUGCUCGACAUCACCCCGCUGGUCGUGGACGGAAGGAAGCUGGUGACCCUGUACGAUAAGGAUCUGACGGAGGGAAUUAAUCUGCUAAUUGUGGUCUCGGAACAAUGGGGUCAGCAGUGCGUGCGCCUGAAAGUGACCGUCAAGUCGGACAAUUGUGGUGAAAAUGCUGACUGCUCCGGAAAAGGUGUAUGCUAUUCCAACACUUCAAUGGAAGGCUACGAGUGUCAGUGCUGCGGUGGUUUUGCGGGAUCUCACUGCGAAGAGAUUGACGCUUGCACUCCAUCACCGUGUACCAACAACGGAAUUUGUGUCGAUUUAUCCCAAGGCCACGAAGGGAACGCUUACCAGUGUCUCUGCCCGUACGGUUACACCGGCAAAAACUGUCAGUUCGAGUCGGACCCGUGCAAUCCGUCGCAGUGUUUGAACGGAGGUACCUGCGUCGGUAAUUCCACUCACUUCAGAUGCGAAUGUACCUCGGGCUACACCGGACCGCUCUGUCAGCAUAAUCUCAACGAGUGUGAGUCCUCGCCCUGUGUUCACGGCAUCUGUGUGGACCAGGAGGAUGGAUUCCGGUGCUUCUGUCAGCCAGGCUUUUCCGGAGAACUGUGCAACUUUGAGUACAAUGAGUGUGAAUCCAAUCCGUGCAUCAACGGCGGUCAGUGCAUCGAUAAUAUCGGAGGAUUCUCGUGCAAAUGCACUCGCGGUUAUACGGGAAAACGUUGUCACAUCAAGGUGGACUUUUGCGCCAAUGACCCGUGUCCGGACGGUCACCGGUGUAUCGAUCACGGGGACGACUUCAGCUGCGAGUGUCCGGGAGGACGCAACGGACCGGACUGCAAUCAGGUGCCCCGCACGCUGUGCAACGUGAAUCCGUGCGCCAACGGAGGCACCUGCUGGACGACGGAGGAGUCCUUCUACUGCGCUUGCCGACCAGGAUUCACCGGGAAAAUGUGCGAAGAGAACUUCGUUAUCGACACGGUUGUUAGCUCCAGUGAGAUGCUCUCGGACAAUCUGAACCAGAACGGUCCCAGCGGACUGCAUGGUGGCGGCGGUGGAGGUGGAGGCGCUGGUGGUGGAGAAGGUGUUGGUAGCAACAGCAACGGCGCCCUGUACGGUGACUCGGAAACAACACGGCUCGGUAAACGGGGAAGCGCCAUCGAAUUGCACAACGCGUACAUCGCCGCAGGAACGUUAGGAGCGGCCAUUCUCAUUGUGGCCAUUGUGGUAACCGCAUGCCACUGCAAAGUGCAUCAGAGCUAUCGACACUUCGCUACCAAACACCGCCAGCUAAUACCGAGCUUCGGUCGGAAAGCGAAAGCAUCCUCGGCGAACCGGCACUGGCUCAGCGGCAAGGGACAACAGGCCACGGUUGGCCACAACAAUCUGAACUACAGCUACGCUCAUCAACAUCCGAACGCAUACAGUCUCCAGCCGGAGCGAAUAAUCAACAAACCGCUACCGAUGAAUUUGGAGAACGACAUGUACUACACGGUGGACUUUGGCGAAUCGCAGAAUGCGCCAUUGAUCCAGUAAAGUCCUUUCGCGCCCUUCCACCACCCUUGUUCCGAGUUCCGCGGACACGGAAAGGGUGGUACCGGACAGAAUGCUGUCCGCCAGCCGCCGCCCGCAGUAUGAUUAUCGUUUCUGAUUUAAUCAUUCCGUUUGCUCUGGCGCUUAUCUAUUAGGAUAAAUAUGAAAUGAUCUAAGGUUACGUGAACAUGGUGUACUUUAUUGGCUAGUCUUAAAAGAAAAAUUCAUCCAAACCAAUGAUAUUAUCUGAACAGAAGACGACAUCGAAGAGCGAUUCAAUGGCGUAUCAACAUUCAAUAGGCAUGUACCGAAACUUAACUCAAAUGAGUUUUCUUUUUCUUUUGGAGUGAAAAUUCUCAUUUUGAGUUGAAAAGGAAAAUUCUUCGGAAACACAUGUGUGCAAUAGAAACGCAACAAGCAAGGAACAAUCGCAAACGAAAGAAUUACUCGUCUCACGUGGGCUGUGCUCCUCCUUGCCAUUGACAUUUCCCCCUCUCCCCCCCUCACCCCCCUCUUACUAAAACACAAUAUUAAAUUGAUUUUCUUCCUCUCGUACUGCAGAUGACCAAGUUUCCACCUUCCGCUCGCUCCGACGGCAUAAGACACGAGUUCAAAGUCUGUUGAUUGGAUCCAUCGGCUGCUGGCGUGCGCAAUUCGAAGACCAUGCAGUCGGAAAUUAAAGAUUACUAUCGUUUGUCUGCCUGCUUUCGUGAUGUUCAACCGCUGCUGUCAUUGGCUUGCGUUUUUUUUUUGUCUCCUUCUGUUGUCAGUUUGUUUGCUCUUCCGUAUUCAAGCCUAUCUCCCAUUCAACCCAAAAUAAGCGUGGUGCCUGUUGUUGUACGAAGCUUGCCAUGCCUGCGGGACCGAGAUUGAGUGAAAACUGUGGGAAAAUGGAACAAACUGGGGACAUUUUUCCCUGUAUCACGUUCUCUCUCGCUCCUGGAAAACCGUUCUACUGGUCCAACGGAGUGUGACCUACAGGCGAAUAGAAAAGAAUUGGGUUCCGGAAUCCGCAGCCCCGGCUAUCGGUACCAUUUGAUCUCUGGUAAUCUCUUUGUCCGGAACGUUGCGGGAUUUUGUGGAGACGAGAAACACCACCAAAGGUGGAACGGGAGAAGGUCUAUUUCGUUAAAAAUGUGCCGAGUUUAUCGUGAAAUUAACUCGCCUAAUCUGCGAGGUUCUGUUACUUUUCCGUCUUCAUAUCAAGUUUGGUUGUCAGGUUGAUAGAGUUAUUGCCACUGACAGAUGUAGUUUUGUUUUCAUCCUGUUCACAACUUAUUUCAGGAUUUCUUUUCAAACCAAAAAUAUAUUGUUCCUGUCUAAGGAGGCAAAAUAUUUUCCCACCACUUUCAUGGUAAUUGAUUUUGGCUGACAACGGAAUAUCCUUCUCUCGUGAGAUUGAACAUAGUCUGGCAAAAGUUCUAAUGGGCGUCUACGUCUUACGAAGGACACGAGCAAACGGAAAAAGGUUUUACGCCUUUAGCACAAGAAACAAACAGACUCGUCUCAGUUCAACGGAGCGUAGUGAACUUUUCCGAACAAAGCAGUAAAAUGAAAUGGGUGGGGAAAACCUGGUAGCUGGAGCACAGCAAUGAGACGCGGGCACUAGUAGUGGGUAGUACUGUGAAGUUACGGAAAACAUCAACAGCACAGCACUCCCGGUACGCCUAAUCCGAUUAGGUUCCCAGCGCAUGUGUGGGUUCCGAGAAUAAACGCGAUCAAAUUACGCAAAGGCUGCUCGCAUGAUGCGGCAUCAGAUCCGAGUGGUAAAGCCAGUAAUAGCAUAGUAAUAAGAUUUUAUAUCCCAGGUUGAGAAUGUUUGUUGUUUAUAAUUGAGAUGAUAAAAAUUCGAUUUCCGUUCGAUUACCUUUCAUUUCCCACGUGUGAACGUCGAGCUGUGGAAGCUCGCCCGUAGUGAGGAAGUGGGAAGAUACUCACAGAAUAGAAGUAAUUUGAAAAAAAAAACAAAAAUAAUAAAAAGUUAUUUGAAGUAAAAAUUUAAUACUCUAUCGCAUCGAAGGGAAGCUUCUUUAUGUGCAUCAAUAACACCGAAUGCCGUCGAACGGAUGGAACUGGUGGCUUGUCAGGGCAGAAACUAUUGGUUUUGAAUCAAACGAACAAAACUAUCUCACAACCAGGACUACCACCGUUUUGGAAUGAAAGAAUGAAAAUUUAAAAAAAUAAAAAACAAAACAGCAAAGCGUGAGCUGGUUGAAAAGUUUAGCAUAGAAACUAGUCUAGGUAAAACUUGUGCCAAAACCAUUUUUAAAGUUGGAACUAUCGAUGCCCAAUAGAAGAUCUAUUUUAUUUUAAUGUUAGCACUCUAUAGAUCUACCACUAGGCAGAAUCGUAGAACUCAUAUAAAAUAACCAUUAACUUGUAGUGUUGCUUGACGAUCGAUGACGAUCCCAACCAGUACAGCAUACAAAAUAGUCAGACAAGUCAGUUUUAUUUUUCCCAUUACCUGUCAAAACGCAUCUCAACUAAAUUUGUACAUCAACCUCCCAUCGCCCAGCUCAUGGCUAGUCAUUUUCGUUCUGUUGCAUAGCUUUUCCAUACCUGCUAAAGUAGUGAAUAGUAGAAUAGAAAUCAAACCCAGAAGCUAAAAUGACAGAACAAUAAAUUUCAACGGCUCUACCGUACUCUUAAUCUUCCACUCCUAUCUUAGCUGGUAGAGUUAAAAAAAACUUUCUUCAAUUUCUUACAGAGUAACAACAAAUUGUAGCGAAUCUGCUUGAACAGAAGAUUUCAAUUUCCUAGAACCGCCGGACUAGCGCCGGUAGAAAUGAAAACAAAAAAAUUAAUUUAAACAAAAAAAAACGUCUAAUCAAAACUGUACCAGACUAAAGCCAAAGCACUUCUGAGUGAGUAGGUAAACGCUAAUCCUCACCGAUAGCCAUAACAAUAAAAGGAUAAAAGUAUAGGAGAUAAAGUAACAGCUCACCAAAGAAAACAGAAAAAUAAACUACCGACAAAAGUGGGAAUACGUUGCCAAAACACACUCGCUGUGUACAUCGGACAGUUUGAACAUAAAUACAAACAAGUAAACAAACAAGCAGACUCCGAACGGUUCUUUGGCUUGGGCUCCGCUGGUUUGGCUGGAGCGAAGGAAAAAGUGGCGUCUGUGGUUUCAAUAACGAGCGAGUACAUGAAAUCAAGCUGUCGUCAAGCGAUGGUACUGGGAAAAAGAGAAAAAAAUAUGUCGCAAUCAACCACAGCCAUAACACCACAGCAAGUCCUGGUAUAAACACCCGAUUGAACUGUUCCGCGUUUGAUGAGGACAAAAAAAAUAAACCCUUGUUCCAUUUUCAUGUUCUUUUUUCGAGCACCAACAAAAACGUAGCACUCUAAUAUUUUUAUCGCACUUUAUACUGCCACCAGGACCAAUUAUAAGCAAGCAAAAACGCACAAGAUUGCCUCGACAGCACAAUUCGACCGUCCCACGACAAAAGGGCCUAACUGCAACUGAGAGCCUCUCUUUGUUUACUUUCUCUUUAAAUUAUUACGAAGCCAUUAUUGCAAAUUCUCUAAAGUUUCCAAUAUAAAUCGAAAGCUUGUAGUUUUACCUUGAAAGUUUUGCGAAGAGUGAAGCGUCAAAUAUAAAAUCUGUUCGGUAAAUCGUGAAAGAAAAAGUAAACAUAGAGAAACUGUCAUUUGCAGUUAGGCCCUUUUGUCGUGGGACGGUCGAAUUCUUUUCCGCCGGUCGAAACGGAGUGACCCAGUUAUUUUUGACAUCUCAUUCGGCCCCGUUCGAAAAUUAUGAAAAAGAGGCCCAUGUUCAGUCGACAACACAAGCGAAACAGUAACGUUGAAAUCGUAUACACACUUGCUCAUAGUUACUCACGGUGAGUGCAUCAAAAAUACUCAUUUUUGCUUUUCUCACAUAUAAAGGUUAUGCGAAAACCGACUUUUGAACCGAUGUCCAAAGUCAUGCAACAUAUCUGUGGGUGUGUAUGGAUUGUAAUAAUUUUUAAUAUUUUAAUAAUAAUUCAAUAAUUAAAUCUUAGGCUGUGAACCAUUUCGCGGUUAAUUUUAACUUUUGGUUAAAAUCUGACAUUCGAAAGGUCAAUUUUAUGUUGUCAAAAAUAACCCUGCUCGAGAGUAUGGUUAUUUUUUGACAGAUCGAUGGUUAUUUUCCGACACUGAAAAAAAUCUUGCAAUGAAAAUUCUAAUAUUAAAUCUUUAGUUGAAAUUAUUUCCAGUGGAAAAUAAACUCAAAUAACUUUUCGUCUUUUGUAGUGGGCCGCAGUUUUAGUUAAACCAAACCAAAAGUUUAAAUUAACCGCGAAAUGGUUCACAGCCUUAGAUUCAAUUGAAAUUCUCUUGUUCCUAUAGCUAUUGAAUUGAAUCUCAUAGACCACUAACUCGAUUUUCUCAAACUAAACUUCAAAUAAUAGCUUGUGUAGUUCCAUAGCCGGCUAUUGAAUUCAUCUGCAACCGAUUUCCGGUUCCGGAGCAACGGUGUAUAAAAAAUAAUAAAUAAUGCACUCGAAUUCCUUAGAAAAGACUCGACCAAACUUAGGUUCAAAUGAAAGGUCUUACAAUCCCAUGGAAAUCUAUUGAAUUUCAUUUGGAUCCGACUUUCGGUUCCGGAAUUAUAGGCUGAUAAGUAUAAAUUUUUCAAUUUCAAGAACGUUUCUAAACAUGACCCCGAAAAUCAUAUGAACGAUAUGAUAUCGUUUGACAAUCAAGUUGUCAUCUUGAAUGUUCUCAUUGGAAAUAAGGUCAGUAAUAUUACCGUCCUUUCUUAAAAUUCAAUCAAUAAUUAAAGUUUCGCAUUCAUCGGUCUCCGAACCAGAGAUGCCAGAUAUUUUCAUAGAAAAUCUGUAUUUCUUUGUACAAAAAAUCUGGAUUAAUCCGUAUUCACUAAUAAAAUGAAAUUUUUACAACAAAAUGAUGCUAAAGGAUGUUAUUCCAAUAGAUUGUGGUUGUAAGAUGGUAGAUCCAAUCAGUCAUUGCGCGUUCACAAGAAUAUUCAACGACGAAAUUUCAUAGUUUUGUUUUUAUUUUUUAUCCACAACAAUUGAAUUGUAAUUCCAUAUAUUUAUCUAUUAUAUAUAUUUAUUGUAAUUGUUGACUUCAUAAUUUGACAUGGAAUUUCAACGCCCAAUAUGCAACGUCAAGUCGAGUCAUACAACUCUCAGUUUGACAGUAGAGUUUCAUGAAGCCAUUACUUUCUUGAAUAUCAGCUCAAAUUUCAUUCAAAUUAUAAUAUAAAUGGAUUUCACAACAGAUUUUCAUAGUAAUUUGUGAUUUAUCCGUUGAUUGAUAGACUUUUAUCUCGUCAUUGGAAUCAAGUACUAAAAGAUAGCUCAGACAGAAUAGUUUUUUUUUCUUUCUUACUGUUUUGUGAUAUUUGUAUAAACCUGCAUUAAAUUGAGGAAAUCUGUAUUCAAUCUGAAUGAGCAUGUAAACAUUUGAAUAAUACAGAUAAAUCUGUUAAUGGCAUUUCUGCUUCGAACGCCAAUAUUCGUUGCCAAAAUCAAAAUCUAAUGAUUGUUUAUUGUUAUUCUCAAAGUGACAAUCAUAAAUGAGUGUGUUCAAUGCCAUGAUCCGGGUUGUUAGUCGCGACUUUCGACAAUUCGACAUGAUAUCAUUCAUGAUAUUACGGAUAUAAUGCAGAAAUGAUGAUAUGCAUUGACAUCAGAUCUCAGAAAAGGUAGAACCGAUUUUCACAAUCUUAGAUUCAAAAGAAAUGUAUUGUUUUCCCAUAAGUUAGUUUAGACUUUUGUCCGGAUCCGGCUCCCAGUUCCGGAAGUAUAGAAUAAAAUGUGUGUGAAAUUAACACCGGUCAUUUAAGGCUAUCACGCGAAAACACAUAAAAAAUCUUCUUAAUUUUCAAAACUAAACCUAUUUCAAUUUAUAGGUUAUACUAAAUGUUUACCACACUUCACGCUAUUACGAUUCCCAUUUUUCAGUUCCGGAGGUAACUGAAGUAGUUAGCAAAUCCCCCAAAGUGUGUAGAGAAACAUCUGGAAAUUAGCCAAACAUUUCUCUCUACUUGGUGAAAUUGUUGCCAAGCAAGUUCUUGAUGAAACUGUUGCAAAGCAAAUUGCUAUUCCUCCGCCCAGAACGACGAGAAUGACACAAUUCUGUUUGACAACUAAGACAAAAAGAAUUCCUGAAAUACGGGUAAUCUGAUUUUUAAUCCUCUGGCGAUUAGUCAUUCUGCUUGGUAGCAUUAGAAUGAAACAGAAAUAAAUUCAGAAAUGUCGAGUCGAAUAAAAUUGCUCCCGUCAGAUUCUUACAAACGAAUAAGUGAUUUUUUUAUAAUUGAAUUUUAACAAACUGGGAAAAAAAUGUAUAACUUAUUAUAUAAAAAUUAAAUUUCGCUCAAAUAGAGUCUAAAUUUACAUUUGUGUGAGGCUUCCAGUUUCUAUGCACGAGAUCUUAAAAUACUAACGAGUCGAAGACGAGCUGUAAAGAAACAAAUGGAACUUACAUUUGUUAAUAUAGAUGAUGCCUGAUUUUGCCAGAAAUCCGAAAGGAACAGAAUUUAUUUUUCAUAAAUUGGCAUCCCUGCAUAUGUCCGCUUUCAGAACAGUUUCCUUUGUCGUUCCGAAACAUUGAGUAUUCUUACAGCUCACUUACAACCAACUUACAACCACAAAUGCAAAUGAGAUUGGUUUGUUUUCAUCAGAAAACGCAUGCAUUAAACACGAUUCAGACGAUCAAUCAACUUCGGUCGACGUCAAGAUUAAUGUAUUAAUUUUUUUAGCCGAAUAUUGCUUACGUACCCGAGGUUGAAAUGUUCCGCAAACUUGACGUAGUGACCCUUCAUUUGAAUUGCUUACAAUUAAUGUUAUUGUUCUGUAACCGUUCCAUGCCGGUGAUAGUCGCCUGCUGCCACGUGUGAAUCGCUUUUACAUUUUGUUUUGUUUUUAUCAGAAAAUAUAUUAGUCACUCAUUUUGCACUAGGGCCGCCGUUCAUUUUUCACCGGGCAUUGAAACCUCAAUAAUGUGAAAAAUGACUGAUGAAGCCAGGGAUGCCAAGUGUUGAAAUUUAACAUUUUUCGGUUGAUUUUUCAGAAGUCAGUAAGAGCAAAUGACAGUUUCUCUUUGUUCACUCUCUCUUUCGAUUAAUGUGAUGUGAUUAAAAAGAUUUUCUUGGAUUUCACAGUUCUGUUUGAAAGUCGAAUGUUUCGAGCAUCAUUCUAUGCAAAGAUUUAAGUGAUAAACGUGUAAACCGCUAUGUAAUUAAUAGAAGAGAAAGUAAACAAAGAGAAAAUGUCACUUGCUCUUACGGCCUCUUGAAAAUCAACCGAGAUUUGUGGAUUGCAAAAGACAAAACCUGGCAAAACCUGGAGACAUCUCAGUUAUCAAAAAACAAGAAUGUUUUGUUUGUUCUUGUUUAUUCGAUUCGUCGAUGCAGAAUAACAGACUCUCAUAAGAUGUGAAAACAGCUCAUAUCGGUAAGCAGCUCCGUACAAAUUUUGAAAUGUAAAGCCAAACUGGUGCGAAAAGAUACCGAACAAGAUCCAACAAUCGUUUACGAUCGAGUGUCCUCGAAACCAACGGUUGAAGCAGUCCCUAGGCGGUAUCCCGAUGCAAUUUGUAUGUUAAAUUUAUGUAAAACAAUCGCCGCAAUAAUAAAAGCAAAAUUGUUGAGAGCAGCUUUCAUAACAUUGGAACCUUUCCACAUGAAAAUUCAACGGAUUGGAUUCGUUAACCACAAGCCAGAGGGGCACAGAAUUAAGUGCAACGUGUGUUUAAUUGCAUGCAAAUGAUACUCAAUGAAACAAUAUUCGUUUUCCGUAAAAUAAACGUUCACUCAAGCAUGGCUGCUGAGUGGAUGUUUGCAAAAUGAGAUGGUCCAGCACGCUUGAUGUUAGUUUUAGAGUUUCAAAAUGCAAAAAUACGAUUAGCAAAAUAAAACGAAUCCAAACCGGGAAAUAUUUUUAUUGUUAACUGUUCGUGUUAGUACGACAUAAAACAUAAAACAUCGACCAGUUUCAACGAGAACCAUAACUUAUCAGCGUUCUGUUUUGACAGCUAAAUCGAUGUGACAUGGCCACUUUCAGAAAUGUUUCCUUUCUCGUUCCGCAACACAGUGUGAAAAAUGACUGGCAUCCCUGACUGUACCAUGGCCUACUGAGAAAGAGAGAGAGGUAUGAUUUCUUGUUGACAGCACAUCAUUUAAUCGGAGCUCACUUACUUUUUCCGAGAUUGCUCAACCGAUUUUUAACGAACUAAAGGCCCAAAUGGAAAAUAUUCCUCAACUACUGGGAGAAAUGAGUAUAAAAUUUCAAGCCGUCAUUUUGACGGAUGCUUCGAAAAACUGAGAAAAAUCUUCUUAUUUUGGCUCAAAACUAUUUCGAUUUUUUUACCCAUCUCUAUGGGACUCAUAGUCAGAGAUGUCCAUCUCCUCUGUGUGACGAAGAGCAAGUGUAAUUUCUUCCCUCGCACUGACAACAUCAAUGAAAGCUCUUUUCUUUCGCCGCUAUUAUAUAGAUUAUGCACGCAACAUGAGAGCGCGUGUUUAUUUUCUUUCGCCUCUAGCACUGGAUCACACCAAAGUUCUAGUGCAGAGCACUCAAAUUCUCUGAGGUAAACGUAGAUAUUUUCAUCGAAGUGUACAUGCCGGUGAGCACACUGGUGUACGGUUCGCAUAAGAGAAGCGUAGGCCACGCAUAUUCAGCAAAAAAAAAAACAAUGUAAUAUUGAAAUUUCGCGGAAAAGAUUUUCAUCUUCUUCUAAAAAUUUAAAAAACACAUCACAAAAGUAUCUCUCACUAACAUGCGCCAGUAAUCACUUGGAUGUUUUUAGGCUAGAGCGCUUAAGAGUGAUUCAUGCUAAGAGAAUGUGGUUUACUCGCACAGCUCCUUCCAACACAAUCACACACUCAAAGUCUCUAUUCAACACUAAGAAGAAGUGCGCUUUUCUUUUUGUGUGGUAUUCGCUUGCUGCAUCUACAGUCAUAAAACAUAAAACUUACACCAGCGUGCAUCCCUCUAGUGAAAUACCAUCACUACUCAUAGUAACAGACCGGCGGAGACAAAAGCCACAAUUCUAGCAACCCAGUGUCGAGAGACAUUGGUUUAAAUGUGCAAGCUUGUGAGCGAAUGUUUAUUUAUAAUCAAUUCAUCUCCACGAAACAAUCACUAUACGUGUGAAACCUUUUCGUUUUAAUGCUCUUUAGUACUUGAACGCUAAAAAACUUUUUCCGCGUCCGAUUCAUUUUAUUGAUGACUUUAACCACCCCAUUAAGCCAAAUUUAGCGAAAAAAAAAUUUUACAUUAAAGCAAACUGUUUGUAAUUGGUAAUCGUUUGCUUGUAAUUAGCUGGAACUAAAAAAAAACCAGAACAAAAUUAUAUUUUUUUAUAUAUAGAACAUGAAAAGUAAUUCAAACGGCUACCAACAUUUUCCCUUAAAUGCACGAAAACAAGUCAUGCAAGUUUUGCUCCAAAAUUUUACAAUUCAUUUAGCUGUCUAAUAAGUACUUCGCCAGUCUGCAGCACCUGGAAGAAAUUUUGUUUGCUAACGUGUCUGUCGAAAUGAUAAAUAUUUGUCAUACGCCAGAUAAAUCAGGAAUAUUGGCAACUCUGGAUGAAGCGAAUAGGCUUAUGUCAAUUUUCGCUUGAAAACCAACCCAAUCUCAUGUACGGUUAGGAAUGAAUUCUGAAUUGAUGCGAAUUACUUUCCAUAACUUUGUCAAAGUUGAGUAAGAAAAAGUGAACUAAAUUGUCAAUUACUUUUUUUAUUCUUCUUCGAUUUUUCAUGGCGUAACUUGGCAGAAAAUGGCGUAAGUGGACUAACUUUAAUACACUUAGCAUUUCUAAGUAAACCUGUAGCCACUAAGCAAACCCACCAGCCACUGACAGCGCUACAGUGAGAAAUGGGUGAACUUUUUUCUAUACCAACACGCUGCCAAAAACAAACUCAAAAUAAAGUUUUUCCACCCACUUGCCAACGUUCAUGCAGGAAGGUAUUUCUGGGUAAAAUCGAGAGUACUUAUUUUUGAGUAACUACGUGGAUAGUACUGAUUGGGUUCAAACUACUCAACCGAAAAGGAGAUCAAUUUGGGUGGUUUUAACGCAAUGAUUUUUUCUCGUGUGAUUAUUAUUAUCAUUGUCUUACCUUUGCACUGAUGGGACUGCUGGUUUGAGCUACAGGAGCUGUUUCCUUGACCUGUCGAGACUGUUGAUUGAAUUUCAAUAUUUUCCAUUGUCUCAAAAUAAAAAAACAGGAUAAAUUAAUUAAAAUUAUUAACGUUAUAGUACAAGGAUACUUACGCUACAAAUAACGACAGAUUAUCGUGCACAAUUAUAUAAAAAAUCGUAUAAAAUGUUCCUUUGAUUAUAAACAGUUGUUACUUUUCUGCUGCUUACCAAAAUAUUGUGAUUCAACACACAAAAAAUGUUCACCCAACUGUAGCUUCUUUGAAUAAACUCAACUGUUGAGUAAAAAAUACUCAUUUAUUAAGGUACUUUUCAUCCAACAUAAAAAAAACAAUCGCAAUGUCUUAAUGUUAGGUGAAUUUAACUCUACCGUUGGGUUUUUUUGGCAGCGUGUACAGCGAUACUGUGAAAAGUGCAGGCAACUUUAUACAUACAUUUUUGGAGCAUUUAGACACCCAUUUCUCUUCAGAUGGCGCUGUCGCUAAACAGGACAGGAUUUUUUUUUGGUUCCCAAAUCAAUUUAGCGUAUCAUACUUUUUGGAGAAAUUGUAGCCUGCAGACAUUUUUUUCGGAUUUACUGGCUUUUGUAACCCUGUAUGAAGAUAUUGGAAAUUUCUACCUGGCAUCUCUGGUGGUAGACAAUGGGGACAUAAUUGCACACUAAAAAAAAUCAAUUUCACAAGUGACUUAAUCCCUCAUUGGAUGUAAUUCAUAAAGACCUAAAUUAUCAAAUGACGGAAAAUUUUAUUUGUAAUGGCUUAAUGUUACAUUAGAAUGAAUUUUACUGGUUUCGACUGUAACUUGUAUUGGGUUAGUAGGUGCUUCUGUAUGAAUUUAAAUGCACCUAUCAGCCUAGAAAAUAUGUGCUUCUGUGGUUCAAUCGGUUAAUGGUCGCGGCUGUCGGUUUCAGAAUUCAUUUUUUUUUAUUUCGAUGAAUUUCAUGUCAUGGAAUUUUAGACACGAUAUUAAAUGUUCUUCCAUGAAAUUUUGCGUGAACUGCGACGUUCCAUUUAUGUGCAUCUAAUAAGAUGUAAAAUCACAGUUUUUUUAGAAGUGUGUCUCAAACGAAAAAUUCUAAUGAUACAAACUUUUCGCACUAAACAGCGUUGGUGUGAGUGAAACUGACAGAAUACAAAUUUAAUGUCAAAUAACAUCAGUUCUAUUCGGAACUUUGUCUCUAGAAAAAUUGUGUGGUUUAUCGGAAAGAGAACGGAUUACAACAAAAAGUCUGUUUAAUCGACAUUGCUAAAAUCUCCUUUUAUUUUAACUUAUAAAUUGAGUAUUGUUUAAAAAAACAUUGAUCAUAUAUCGCAAAAAUCGAGGAUUUUCUUCGAUUCUUGGAAUUAAUCAUUGAAAAGUUUGCUUCAGAUACCAAUACUUUACUUGCUGUGGUGUAGGCUGCGAUAUCCUUAGGCCAGUGAUGCCAAAGAACAAACAAUUACAGACGAACGAAGCUCGGUUCUUAGGCCGAACUUUUUUUAACUAGAUAAAUCAGUUAGAAAGUAGUUGCAGAUUGUACAAUUUUGGAACACACAAUGCAUUGAUUGGUUAUAGAUUGGUUUAUUGUGAACGAACAGUAUGAGAAAAAGAUAGAUAAAACAGCAAAAGGGGAGUGCAUUGGAAAAAUGAAACAAAAAUGAAAGAAGUGUCAAUAACUAUAAUUAGUGAAAAUUUAUUUGUUAACUGUACUGAAAAGUUAUGAUAAGUCUAAACAGGUUUAAUCCAGAAUUAAAUUACAACAGCCACAAAGUAAUUACUAACGUAAUAUUUGAAGUAAGGAAUAUGAGAACGAUUAAAUAAAUGAUAAAUUGUUAAUAAAA